UAUCCGGUCGCGCGGAAGUUUCUCAUUUCGUCAUUUCCGGGAAGAUGGUUCCUCUCUCCGCUCUCCUGUUUCCGGUGGGGAUUUGGUGCGCGGUUUCCCUGGGAGACUCACUGUUGAAGUCAUCUCCCAGUCUCAAGGUUCGCUACGAGGAAUGGCUGGCAAAUCAUGGGAUCAGCAUUUCCCCCUUCCACAUCCGGUGGCAGACGACCUUCUUCAAUCGGCUCUUUAUGAACCUGGGUCGAUGGAAGCCUCAGUUACUAUUCAUCUGGUUCAGCCUGGGAAUGGUCUUUGGCGUGGUCUCCAUGUUUGUUUCAAUUAUGCUUCUGGCCAAAACAUUAUCGCAGACGUUGGCACUGAUGACAGCAGAGGGCUCUACGCCUGAGAAUGAACGCAUUUUACAAGUUGUGGUGCCUGGUGUUAACCUGCCAAUCAGCCAGAUGGUAUAUUUUUUCUCUGCGAUUCUGAUCAGUGGCGUCAUACAUGAAAUAGGCCAUGGGGUGGCUGCUGUCAGGGAACAAGUGAGAUUUAAUGGCUUUGGAGUGUUUAUUUUCGUGGUCUACCCUGGGGCCUUCGUCGACCUCUACACAAAUCAUUUGCAGUUGAUAUCCCCAAUCCAACAACUCAGAGUAUUCUGUGCAGGUGUGUGGCACAACUUCAUCCUGGCAUUGAUGGCUUUGCUGGCCCUGUACUCGUUACCGAUCUUCCUGUUUCCUCUCUACUAUACAGGAAUUGGGGCACUGGUCACUGAAGUCACAGAGAAUUCCCCUGCCAGUGGACCCAGAGGACUGUCCAUGGGUGAUCUUGUGAAAUACGUGGAAAACUGUUCCGUUUACAGUGUGGAGGAUUGGCACAAGUGCAUUGAAGAGAUCUCUGUGAAACCACAGACUGGAUACUGUAUCAAAGAAGCAACCCUACAACACCAGAGCUCUGUGGGCCGAGUGUACAAGAGGCUUGAUGGAACUACAGAAUGUUGUAGCAACAACAGCCUGGUGGAUAUUUGCUUCUCUUACCAUGGAAACCUGGAAAUCCCCCAGUAUGUUUGUCUAGCUGCCAGGAAAGCCAUUGAAUCUAGCCAGGUAUGUCAGAGGAACACGGAUUGUCAGAAAGAGUUGGUUCCCAGCCUGUGUGUGAAACCCUCUCUUGAAAACCAAACCAGGCUGAUCAGAGUCAAGCACUCGUCUCCCAUGGAUAUGUUAUUUCUGGGACACCCUGUGCAUCUUCAAUAUGCAGUGAGUCUCACCAACUACAUGCCACGGUUCGGAUUUCUACAUCUGGACAUCCCUGUGGUGAUUGAAACUUUUUGCAAAUACCUGCUUUCCCUCUCUGGGGCCUUAGCGGUCAUCAAUGCUGUUCCCUGCUUUGCCCUGGAUGGGCAGUGGAUGUUGAGUUCCUUUUUCGAAGCUACACUAAGUUCCCUCAUUGUAGAAAAGCAGAAUCGAGAACUCAUUGGUUUUUUUAUCUUGCUGUUUGGCAGUGCCCUCCUAGCUUCUAAUGUGGUCCUGGGGCUUUGGAUGGUCACCACCAGGUAGCACUUUCAGCCUGUGCUGGACUAGCUCAUACUGGGUGAGGGACAUCUUCCAUCUGUGCUUUCUUGGCACCCCGCCCUCUCAGCUGAGUACACGUUGGUAAAGCCAUCGAGCACAGUCCAAGAUUUUAGUAGAAUUCCACAGGCUGUGCCCACGAGAUUUUACACAGCCUGUUCCUCCAGGUGAGACUCCUUGUUGGGAGUGUUUAAUUGGGAAACCUAUAUAGCUGUCAUGCAGUGCCAUGCGUUGAGUUGUGUUGUGACGUUUCAUUCCGAGCAGCAAUGGAAUUUGAGAUUACUCCUUCCACUGCCUCUUCAGGCUGAUAAUUUCAUUUGAAAACUCCUUGUGAAGUAUCCCGUGGAAUGUCAGCGAGCACCAAGUACUCAUUUUUAUACCCAGGAAACAACUGAAAUGUGCGUCAUUCUGAACGCACCUCUGAUUCAAGCAGUACCCGAGGAGAAGAACAUUGGCCUACCAAAUAUGCCCACAGGUCUGAAAUCACUGUGGUUUGGAAUUAGAAUCAAAAACAAUGAGCAGUUAAAAAGAAACCAUAAACGCUAGAAAUACCGCAGCAUGUGAGUUGGCAUCUGUAAGAUUGAUCUUUGGAGUGUAUCCUUGGUCAGAUGUGAAAUGGAUAAAAACUCAAGAACUGUUAACCACCCUUGUUUCUUUACAGAUGCUAUUAACCCUGCUGUGUCUUUCUAGUUUGUUUGGUUUCCAUUUACUACAAUCAUCAGAAUUUUUUGUUUUUGAUUGGGCUGAGCAUUGUGAAUAAAUUCUCAAGCAGCUGUAUACAGUCUUAGCCGAUCCAAAGACAAUUUUAAUGUGCUGCAUCAGACUGGAAAUGGAAGUGGUGUUUGACUGCUGAUGUACCGCACUCUGCAACAAGAAGCAUCUGUUUAUACCAUAUGUUUUUGAUACAUUUAUGAUACUGCCCUCAUCACUUGACAGAUUUUACCCUCAGAGGAAUUAUUAAGCCCUUUAAUAAUAAUAAUAAAAGGAACCAAAAUUAAAAUUCUUUCAAAUAGAGAGGCAAUGCUGUCACAGUAUAAACUGCUGUGUUGUAAUUCUGGGUGUGACUCCAUUUUGAUUUAAGCGUUUUUACUGGCAGAAGAGGAAUGGAGUGCUCCAAUACAGCCCAGGUGAUGUACAAAUUACAAGUUCCCUUACUGUGAACAGUGGCUGGAGAUGGACAAUGGUUAAGUGUGUCUGUUUGUCUGAAUGUUGAUCUGUUUUCGUUGCAGGUGAACCAAUUGUUUUAUUCUAUUUCAGCCUUCCUGUGCCAGCAGAUGCCUUUCACUACUAGCUUUUACAGUUUGCUGUAACUCCUGCCAGCAAACAGAAAGGCUUCAGGCAGUUGUUCCUGAUGCCUUUGCAGUUAGUGUCAGAAGCACCAGUGGAAUUGUAAAAGCUGCGUUUAACUUUGCUGUGACACUAGGGGGCUCACUUCCUGCACACAUGCAGUUACAGUGUCAGUGUCAGAACCUGUCACAUUUAUAGUGAGAGGUGCUUUCAAGUGCGGCUCUGCUUUCUGUCGCUGAGUUAUACAUGUUUUAUUUUUGCAAGCUGAUGUCUUACAACUCUCCUUUACACCAAAAUCAGCUAAUGGAAGAAGUUGCAACAAUGCAGUGGGUGACCAUCUUAACAGUCAAGUUCUGGCAAAAAUAAUAAUUGUAGAUCGUUUUAAUGGUUUGUUUCAAUAUUGCUGCACCUCAAAAUUUUGCUAUCAGAUUUUUAGGCAAUUGAGAGUUUUAAAUAAAUUAAUUAAUGUUAUUGAGUAAUGAGACUCAAGACCAGCACUUGGGGUUUAGAGUCCCAUUUGACUACCAGCUGGGCUAGCCAGGUUGUAAGGGAACUUCCUCCACAAAGCUCAGCAAGUCAGGCAGCAUCGGCGG